AUGUCAGUCGAGCCACGCCCCUCCCUUUGCCCUUGAAACUCUGGUAACUAGGCUGUCGCGGUCGUCACGAGACGCCGGUGCCCAGCGUUUCCUCGCUGGGCAACCGUUCUAGAGACCGACAGCCGCUGGCUGCAACAUGAACGUGAUCUACCCACUGGCGGUGCCCAAGGGGCGCCGGCUCUGCUGCGAGGUGUGCGAAGCCCCAGCCGAGCGAGUGUGCCCUGCCUGCACAGUCACUUAUUACUGUGGUGUGGUGCAUCAAAAAGCUGACUGGAAUAGUAUCCAUGAGAAGAUAUGUCAGCUCCUGAUUCCAUUGCGCACUACCAUGCCCUUCUAUAAUUCAGAGGAAGAACGGCAGCAUGGCUUGCAGCAGCUACAGCAGCGACAGAAGCAUUUGAUUGAAUUCUGCUACACUGUUGCCCAGAAGUAUCUUUUUGAAAAAAAAUAUGCAGAAGCUGUUCCAGCAGCUUUGCAUUCCCUUCGCUUCCGCAGGAGUGUGUACGGCCUGAGUUCAGUAGAGCUCGUGCCUGCUUACCUGCUAUUGUCUGAGGCCAGCCUUGGUAUGGGCCGGAUUGUUCAGGCUGAAGAAUACCUAUCCCAAGCCCAGUGGACAGUCCUCAAGUCAACUGACUGUCAAAAUGCAACACAGUCAUUACUGCAUCGGAACCUGGGACUUCUCUAUAUAGCCAAGAAGAACUAUGAGGAAGCCCGAUAUCAUCUGGCCAAUGAUAUUUAUUUUGCCAGUUGUGCAUUUGGAACAGAGGACAUCAGGACCUCAGGAGGCUACUUCCACUUGGCUAAUACCUUCUAUGAUCUUCAAAAAGUGGACCUAGCAGACACAUUGUACACUAAGGUCUCAAAGAUCUGGCAUAAAUAUUUGAAUGAACACUAUCAAGUCCUCUCACAGGCUCAUGUAGAACAAGCAGACUUACUGCGCAAACGAUUUGUGAAUGACACUGGCUUGGAUGAAGCCCAGGAAGCAGAAGCCAUUCAGAUCCUGACUUCAAUCUUGAACAUUCGAGAAUCAACUUCUGACAAAGCUCCUGAAAAGACUAUCUUUGUUCUGAAAACCUUGGUCAUGCUUCACUACCUGAUGAUGAAUUCUUUCAAGGCAGAAGAAUAUGCCAUACAAGCCCUCAAUCUGGCCAAAAAACUGGAACUCAGUGAUGAAGAGCAAAGCAACAUUGAAGAAUUACUACACCUCAUCUCAGCUGAAGAAGAGCAUCCCAUUACUUAGUGACCCAUGAGCUCUGCAUCACGGCUAUUGAACGCCUAAUAUAUUUCAGUCUUGCUCAGUGGCUCUUGGUCCUCUGGGUUGCUGAAGUGUCCACAUUUUUUCCAUGGGACUGCACCCAUAGGUGGGAUUUUUUAGCAUAUGUGAGGGAAUAUAGAGCUUUAGGCAUAGAAAUCAGUAAAACUACUGUUUAUUAGGAACUUGUACUUGGUUUAAUAUGAUUUUGUAUGACUUUGAGUAAUGUGUGGUCAGAUCACUAAUAAGUAUUUGUACUUAAACUGUAAAUAGUUUGUCAUAUUUCCCAAAAGUCUGUCAGUGCUGUGUGUUUCAUAAGUGUAUGCCAAGUGGGGAGUAUAGAAUAGAGCUAUAUUGGAGCAAAGUUUUCUCUUCUACUGGAAUUAAGUUAGCAUUAAUCUGAGGCAGAUUGUGACAAAAAUAUCCAUUGUAAUUCCUGCGGCAAUCACUAAGAAAAUAACUCUUAAAAUAGUUAAAAAUUAACAAAGAUUUAAAAGGUGCACUAGAAAAUAUCCACUUACAGCAAGAGAAGGCAGUAAAGGAGGAAUAGAGGAACACAAGAGACACGKAACAUAGAGAAGACAGCAAAAUGCGACGUAAACAAGAAAUGAGUACUUCACAAGUCAAGGGAGCCCAGGAUGCACAGGCUGAGAUGCCGUUCCAGGCUGGUGUCUUUAAUAUCUCGUACAGUAAUUUGAAGCAGAAGUGAGCCAUCUUAUACUCCGUGGGAGAGGCACUCUGAAAGGCCACCUGUGAUGCAGAGGACAGAGUUCAGGCCUUGCGCUCAGUAAUGCCAGAGUUUAAAACCCAGCUCUCUUACAUGACUGCUUUGGGACCUUGAUCACACAUAGCUUUACGUAUUAUUGUUGUGAAAUGGUCUAGAUGUGGCCACACCUGUAUCGGCUUGUCCCAUCUUGAUGACUUUGGACACUUAUCUCAUCCUUUUUUUCCUCCUUUAGCUCUUUUCUGAACUUAACAAAAAGCACUUUGCUUCCUGGGUAGAUCCACAUGCAGGGUGAAUAUGUGCAGAUCAGGAACCUGUCAGAGAGUUUUAUGAUCCUCACUGUAGAUUAAUUCAUUCAGAUACAAAUAAUAAAAAUAUGUCAGAUGGUUUACCCUGCCCCUUUAUGUAAAAUCAGCUGGAACCUCCAUUCCCUACCUUUGGAGAUUCUCAUACUUCUCUAAGAUGGCUGUGCAGUCCCUGGGGCUCACUUGUCUUUCAGCCAUUUCUUCAUCCAGUUUGAAGCUUCAGCAUUGUAUAGCUGUUCCUUCUCUUUAGGAACACAACCACCUCUUCUUUUUUCUCACUCCCUAACCCCAAAUAGGAACCAGCUCUUUAAAAGAGACCCUUAGUGAAGACUGGAGGGGCAAAGAGGAGGAUCAACAAUUCUACAGAAGAUAAUAAAAAAAAAAUUAGAACUUCCAAUUCUAAAAUCAUCCUUUAAAGUCUAUGCUGUUACACUCUAGCUCUCUCCCUUACCAUAUCCAAUGGCCCUUCUCUGUUUUCCCCUUAACCCUUAUAUAUUUUCUGUUUUCUCUAAUCCUGAAUUCCUUUUCAYUAAUACUUCUGCACUGGAUCUAUUUGUAUAGUUAUUAUUUAAGUUAAAUUCUUUAAAUUUUUGUUUCUAUUARCUGAUUUUAUUUUUA